CUGCGCGGCUCUCUCUUCCCAGCCAGCCAGCCAGCAACUAACUCCUCCGAAGCUGACACUGUGGCAGAAGGCGGAGCGGAGGGAGCCUGCCGUUUGGCCAGCCGGGAGAGGCGGAGAUGGGGCGCAUCGGGUGGCAGCCGGGGGCCUUGGCCCUGCUGAGCCUCCUCUUGUUGUGCCUCUCCGGGGCCGAGGGCUUCAGGAAGAGAGGACCCACCGUGACCGCCAAGGUGUUUUUUGACAUACAGAUUGGUGGCAAAGAUGUUGGCAGAAUCGUAAUUGGUUUGUUUGGAAAAGUCGUACCAAAGACUGUAGAAAACUUCAUUAAGCUUGCAACUGGAGAAAAAGGCUUUGGCUACAAAGGAAGUACAUUUCAUCGUGUGAUCAAAGAUUUUAUGAUUCAAGGGGGUGACUUCACAGCUGGAGAUGGCACUGGAGGAAAGAGUAUCUAUGGAAACAGGUUUCCAGAUGAAAACUUUAAACUGAACCACUAUGGUAUUGGUUGGGUCAGCAUGGCUAACUCUGGUCCACAUACUAAUGGUUCCCAGUUUUUCAUUUCUGUGACGAGGCCUGGCUGGUUAGAUGGAAAGCAUGUUGUUUUUGGAAAAGUCAUUGAUGGCAUGUCAGUAGUGCAUGCUAUAGAACUUCAGCCAACAGAUGAACAUGACCGUCCCCUUCAAGACUGUGUGAUUGUUAACAGUGGAAAAAUAGAUGUAAAAGAUCCAUUUGUGGUUGAAGUAGAUGACUGGACAAGUUGACAGCAAUAUCAGCAAUUGGAACUACAAUGGCUUCUCCUCUGGGUAAACCGUAUGAAAGACUAUUAUCCGAAACUGUUUUUUCAAAGAGAAUACAGUAAACCUACUGAAAUACCUGGCUAUCGAAUCAACAAACAUAUGAAACCCUGUGCUGCUGUCUCAGGAGAGUUUUAUAUAAAAAAGUCAAAUAUAUCAUGAAAUAUAUGUAAGUGGUUAAAAUGGAAAUUUUUCCUAUUGUUUGUUCAUACAUGAACUCCAUGUAUCAUAUCCUCUGGCACUCUUUGUUUACACCAGUAAAUGACCUGACUGAUAAAAUUGGUUUAUAACACUUGACUUAACAAACUUAAAAAUAUUUCCUGCUAAAGAGAAUUAAAAUUGUAUUCAAUUAACUCCUCUAAAUCCACAUACGAUGUUGUUUUCCUAGGAAUCUCCAAAACGUUUCUAUUUUAGCUAUUUGACACAGCAUUAACUCUGCUUAAAGUAAAGUAAGAAUUGUAAUCUUCUUUCACACAUCCUUUAUGGAAGCCCUUCCUCUGACAAUCGGGUUUGUUUGUUGAAAAGAAAGAUAUGCAAAAUGUUUUACAUACAGUAUUAUGGUCACAAUGGGAGCUGCGGCGGGUUAAACCCUUGUGCCGGCUGGACUGCUGACCUGAAGGUUGCCAGUUUGAAUCUGCGAGAUGGGAUGAGCGCCCGUCUGUCAGCUUUAUCUUGUGGGGACAUGGGAGAAGCCUCCCAGCAGGAUGGUAACACAUCCAGGCGUCCCCUGGGCAUUGUCUCUGUAAACGGCCAAUUCUCUCACACCAGAAGUGACUUGUAUUAUGUUCUCAAGUAGCUUCUGACACGAUAAAAAAAGGUCACAAUUACAUUAUGUUACCACAAAGAGUCAUUUUGUUUAUUCCUAAUGUGUUUUUAUACUUCAUAUAGACAUUAAACUUUUUUCUGUAAGAACCUAUUCUUGUUUUCUAAAACCAAUGCCUUAUUUUGUCAUGAAGCAAUCAUUACCUUAUAAAGAUGUAAAGUUGUAGCCAUUUUCUUGGUCCAAUAAAAACACACUUAGAUAAACUAA